AUGUAAAAUUAUACAAUAAUUUUUGUAUAUAUUUUAUAAAAUCAAUCAACGGUUAUUUAAUAAAUUAAAUAUAUAAAAAUAGAAAUAUUUAUAUUAUGUUAAACAUAUUAAUCACAAUCAUAGGCUUUCUCUUACAAAUUGCCAUAGUCUUCAAUUAAUUAAAGUUCUUCAUCUUGUGCAACGGCAAUUAACAAAAAUAAAAAUUGCUUUUUAGUUGAAACUGAAUACUUUAUUAAUUGUUUUGCAUUUAACAGAGGAGAGAUAAAAUUAAUAUCACUAUUUCAUUUUGGAAAUUGUAUUUGCAAUACUUUAAACUUUCAAAUUUAGAAAUAGAUAUUAUUUCAGGUUCAAAUACAUUCAUUUGUAAAUAUUCAUCAAAGUUAAUGGUUAAUCCAAUAUAUAUUUGAAAUGUUCUUGAUAAUUUCAUACAAUGUUCUUAAUUUUACAUGCUUUGAAUGA